UUAUUUUGUGAUUUCACAGUAACCUUGUGUUGAUUAACUGACAGACAAAUAUAUCUCUGCACAACAUUGCAAGAAGAAUGGCUUAUGUUAAUGUCCUUGCUCUAUUAUCAGCACUGCUCAUUCUUUCUGAUGCUGCACCGUUGGCACAUGAUACUCAUGGGGCUGCAGAUUCCAAGUGUCCUCUGAUGGUGAAAGUUUUGGAUGCAGUGAGGGGAACCCCAGCUGCCAACAUAGGUAUAAAGGUUUCUAGACUUGACAAGGAUGGAAUAUGGCAACAAUUUGUCUCAGGAAAGACCUCUGAACAAGGAGAAAUCCACAAUCUGACUGAUGAUGAACAUUUUAUCGAGGGAACAUACAAGGUGGAAUUUGCAACAAAAACUUACUGGGGCAAAGCAGGCAUUUCACCAUUUCACGAAUAUGUUGAUGUUGUGUUUACAGCCAAUGAUGCUGGGAAACGUCAUUACACCAUUGCUGUACUUCUGACUCCUUACUCAUUUUCAACCACUGCAAUUGUCAGUGAACCACAUGAUUAAAAUGCACGUAACGGAAUUUGUGUUCUCUUUGGUACAUGUAGAUUAUUUCAGACAUAAGAUCUUUUUUUUUCUCAAUUGUAACUAACAUUAUUUUUUUUUUAUCUUAGAAAAACUCUGUAUUUUAGGUUAUGUUAACCACAGUUUAAUAAAUAUAUCUACAAUGA